AUGCUGGUCCUCACCCUCACCACCGCCCUCCUCGCGCUCGCGCACCACGCCUCCGCCCACGCCACCGUUUUCCGCGUCUCCGUCAACGGCAAAGACCAAGGCGACGGCGUGAAUAAAUACAUCCGCACGCCCGCGACCAACGACCCGGUCCGGGAUCUCGCCGACCCCUCCCUGGUCUGCAACACCGCCGGCGGCAAGGAGGUCGGCUCAUCCGUCAAGGCCGCGUCCGGCGACAAGCUGACCUUCCACUGGUGGCACUACAACCCGGACGACCCGGCCGACUACCCGCUGGACCCGUCGCACAAGGGCGCCAUCCUGACGUGGAUCGCCAACUACACGGCCGAGGGCGGCACGGGCGCGCUCUGGACCAAGCUGGCCGAGGAAGGCUUCGACGGCGGCAAGUGGGCGACCAUCAAGAUGAUUGAGAACAAGGGCGCGGUGGAUUUUCAGCUGCCCAAGGCGCUGGCCAAGGGGAAGUACCUGAUCCGGCAGGAGAUCAUUGCGCUGCAUAUGGCGGAUGGGAGGGGGGAUGACCCCGCGCGUCCGGAUCGUGGUGCGGAGUUUUAUCCGAAUUGCGUGCAGUUUGAGGUGACGGGGGAUGGGAAUGCCGUACCGGAUCAGGAGUUUGACUUCAACAAGGACUACAAGUACGAUGAUAAGGGGCUGUUCUUUAACAUCUAUAUCCCCUUCGACAAGUACACCCCGCCGGGGCCGAGGCCGUGGACGAAGUGA